AAAACCUAGUAUAAAUAUUUCAUGCUUCGCAUCAUACUUCUUCCCUUUCGUUUUUCCUUUCUUACACUUUUUUCACGUCACUUCCUUUUCUGAAGCCAUGACUGAGGAUCAGCAAAAGCACCAUAAGCGUAGUUUCACGGGUUUCACCAAGGAAAAGUUGGAGGAAGAAUUGGCCCAGGUGCCUAGUGAACAAAGAGCUGCAUGGGAAAAAUACACUGUCCCAGAGGGAAAUGAUGUCGAUAGCAUUGCUCGUUCUAUCGUCCAUCACACUACCACAACGCUUGCUCGCACCCCCUACAACAUGGAUGACUUUGGUGGAUACCAAGCUACUGCUCAUUCCGUUCGUGACAAGCUAAUUCAAGACUGGAAUGAAACUCAGCAGUACCAUACAAUCAAGGACCCCAAGCGCGUUUACUAUCUCUCAUUGGAGUUCCUCUUGGGUCGUGCUAUGGACAAUGCUCUUCUUGCCAGAGGUCUAAAGGAACCUUAUACCGAGGCAACCAAGCAACUUGGAUUUAAGAUUGAAGAUUUGUUGGAAGAAGAACGCGACGCUGCUCUUGGAAAUGGUGGUCUCGGUCGUUUGGCCGCUUGUUAUAUGGACUCGCUGGCCACCCUGGACUAUCCUGCAUGGGGUUAUGGUCUUAGAUACACUUACGGUAUCUUCCAGCAAAAGAUUGUAGAUGGAUAUCAGAAUGAGGUGCCAGAUUACUGGCUCACUUAUGAUAACCCAUGGGAACUUCCUCGUCUUGAUAUCUCUAUUGAGGUUCCUUUCUAUGGCCAUGUGUCAAAGUACUCUGACGAAAACGGCCGUACUCGCCACAAGUGGGAGGCCGGUGAGAUUGUCCAGGCUGUCGCCUAUGAUGUCCCUAUUCCUGGAUUUGAUACCAACAACACCAUCAACAUUCGCUUCUGGUCUAGUAAGCCUCGUAAGGAAUUUGAUCUUGCCUACUUCAACUCGGGUGAUUACAACCGUGCCGUAGAAGACCAAAAGAAGGCUGAGAACAUUACAUCGGUCUUGUAUCCUAACGAUAACCAUAUGGUGGGUAAGGAACUUCGUCUCAAGCAGCAGUACUUCUGGGUCUGCGCUUCCCUUCACGACAUUAUUCGUCGCUUCAAGAAGACCGAUCGUCCUUGGUCUGAGUUCCCUGAUCAAGUUGCCAUUCAACUUAACGACACUCAUCCUACUCUUGCUGUGCCUGAGUUGAUGCGUGUUUUGGUCGAUUUGGAAGGUUUGGAAUGGGACGAAGCUUGGAACAUUACCACGCGUACCUUCGGUUUCACCAACCACACUGUGCUUCCUGAGGCUUUGGAAAAGUGGUCUGUGCCCAUGUUGGAGCACUUGCUUCCACGUCAUUUGCAAAUCAUCUUUGACAUCAAUCUGUUCUUCUUGCAAACUGUGGAGAAGACCUUCCCCAACGACCGUGACCUCCUUGCCACCGUCUCCAUCAUUGAAGAAUCUCAACCCCAGUCUGUCCGUAUGGCUUUCCUUGCUGUCAUUGCUUCGCACAAGGUCAAUGGUGUCGCUGCUCUUCAUUCUCAAAUUAUCAAAGAUACCAUUUUCGCCCCCUUUAUCAAGGUGCUCGGACCUGACCGCUUCACGAACAAGACCAACGGUAUCACCCCUCGUAGAUGGCUUCACCAAGCCAACCCUGACCUUUCCAACUUGAUCGCCAAGAAACUCGGCAGCUUCAAGUUCCUCAAAGAGUUGUCGUUGUUGGAUGGCCUUUCCAAGUAUGCCAACGAUGAAGCCUUCCAAAAGGAAUGGAUGGAUAUCAAGUACAAGAACAAGGUUCGCCUCACCAACUUGAUUAAGGAAAGAACUGGUAUUGAAGUGAACCCCAACGCCCUGUUCGAUAUCCAAGUCAAGCGUAUUCACGAAUACAAGCGUCAAUUCAUGAACAUCCUUGGCGUCAUUCACCGUUAUGCCAACCUUAAGAAGAUGAAUGCUGCUCAACGCAAAGCAGUCGUCCCUCGUGUUGUUAUUUUCGGUGGCAAGGCUGCUCCAGGCUACUACAUUGCGAAGUUGGUCAUCAAGCUCAUCAACAGCGUUGGUGAAAAGGUCAACAACGACAAGGACAUUGGCGAUCUCCUCAAGGUUGUAUUUAUUCCCGAUUACAAUGUCUCGGUUGCUGAAGUUAUCAUUCCCGCCAACGAUAUCUCUCAGCAUAUCUCCACUGCUGGUACUGAAGCCUCCGGUACUUCCAACAUGAAGUUUGUCCUUAACGGUGGUCUUAUUCUUGGUACUGUGGAUGGUGCCAACAUUGAAAUUUAUGAAGAGAUUGGCGACGAUCAAAUCUUCUUGUUUGGAGCUCGCUCUGAGCAAGUUGAAGACUUGCGUCACGUUCAACGUUACCGCAACGUGCCCAUGAACCCGGAACUCCAAGCUGUGAUCCACCUCAUUGAGAAUGGCACUUUUGGUGAAUCUCAUAUCUUCCAACCUCUCAUCAACACCAUCACCGUUGGAAAGGAUUAUUACUUGAUCUCGGUUGAUUUCGGUAGCUACCUGGAGUCAAAUGAGUUGGUCGAUGAAGCUUUCAAGGACAAGAAGGCAUGGGCUCAAAAGUCCAUUCUCUGCACUGCUCGUAUGGGCAAGUUCUCCUCUGAUCGUGCCAUCAAGGAAUAUGCUGAGGACAUUUGGAACAUUGAUCCUGUCCCCGUUCCCGACAAGAAAUAAGAACAGCCUCGGUCGUCAUAGUACAAACACUCUUCUUUUUCAAUUGUUUUUUCUUUUAUGUUCCUCCAUUUCCAUGCUCUCUCUGU